AUGGUCAUGGUCGCAGGACACGUGCGUGAUACGGACGAGACACAGCCCAUGAACUCGGACACUGCGGAGUCUCAGCCGGAUGACUUCUAUGACCACAUCCAUGGCAGGAAGAUACUUGCAUUGCCGCCUGUUCCAAAGUUUGAGGAACCCUCCUUGGUGCCUGGGCCUUUGCACCGUUCUGAGGGCAAUCCCAAGGUUGAGAAGAAUGCGCCGCAGAAGCCUUCUCAGGCGUCUUUGGGAUUAGAUGAAUGGGCUCGCUUCACAGAGCUGGCGCCGGUGCUUACCCGCAAAGACCAAUUGGAGCUGAAGAAGGGCAUUCCCGAGGAAGGCAGCUGCUGUGAAGAACUCGCUGAGCUUGCCGAGAAGGAGAAGCCCAAGAAGAGGAGCAGGGCGAAGGCUGGCGCCAAGACCAAGCCAGGCCCAAAGAAGCUGCAGUUGUCGCCAAAGAUGAAGCUGUCACCAUUGGCCCGGGCGACAAAGCUGAAGAUGCAGGACACCCGCUACUAUGAACCUCGAGGAUCUCAAGAGCCAGAGUUUGAGGAAAUUGGCUCCAAGCGUGGACGUGGUCAUGGACGUGGCCGGGGCCGCAGCCAGACCAAGCGCCAGGCUAGGAAAGGCAGUGAUGCCGUGGAGGCCUCAAGCCCUGAAGAGGUGGACCAUCACGACCCUGUCCGGAGAAGGCUCUUUGUGGAGGAAGGUGAGGGGGAUCCCAUGGCUGAGCACCCUCACCACAUCCUUGAUCCGCUUGUGGCCAAGAUGAAGGCAAAGGAGGCGAAGGCCAAAGCCGCCAAGCCGCGUGCAAAGGCAAAGGCAAAGGCCGAAGCAUCCGCAGCCUCGGGAUCCACGCGGCAGAAGAGAGUCCGCAAUGCUUCUGCUGAAGCAAGGCCGAAGGCUCAGGCCAAGAGGGCCAGCUCGAGACCACAGAGGGUGGAUGAUGCAGUCACUCAGGAACACCUGAGGGACGAAGGCAUUUUGCGAGACUUUGCAGGGAGGCUGAAGUCGGAAGCUGCUGACCCUUCGGUUCCCUUGGAAGAUCUGAAGGUGAUGUUGGCAUCUGACCUGAAAUGGUUUCCUCGAACUCGAGUCAUGCCCUAUUGGAACAGGCCUGCCGCAGCCGUGAAGUGGGUCGCAGACGGAGAUUCGAGGCAAAUCGCCUACUUUCCUGAAAUCGGUCAGACCGAGAAGGGCAAGGAGCUCAACAGGCGUUUGAUUGUCCAGAUCUUCGCUGCCCGACUGUUUGUGGCUUUGGCUUGA